GAUCUUCACUCGUCAUAAAUCAAUAUGUAAAAUUUAAGAUCAAUUGGCUCAUGAAUCAAUCUCGAUGGACGUAACUCGUCCAGCCUCGUUGAGUCAUAGAACCCAGAAAAUUUCUAUCAUCUUUCUGUUUGUUUUUUAAACUCUUCACCUCAUCUCAAAACCUUCGAAUGGAAGCAAAGAGAUAAAUCCAAGCGCUAUUUUUUCUCACCUCUCACACUCACACAAUGUUAUAAAGAGGAGCAAACCAGUGACAAUAAUUUAAGUUUGUUUGAUUGUUCCUCGGUUAUCACAUCCACCACCAAAAUGAAAAACCUUCCGGAAGAAGUUUUUUAGUAAGGAUUUUUAUGUGCAAAUAGUUUGAUUGUUCAGGGAAAGUGUCCUUGGAAAACAACAAUAGGACGAUGGUGGAGAGGUUCUUCUUGCGUAGGAGUAGCGCAACCAUGUCUGAGUCUGACCCAAUCAUGCUUCUCUCAGGCCCCCAUUCUUGUGGGAAGACGUCGCUGCUGUUCCAGUUUGCAUUCAACUGCGCAUCGGAGAGCACUGGGAAUGGCAAAGUCAUGUUUUUAUGUAACCGCCGCAGGCUUGAAACUAAACCCCCCUUUCUCUCUCAAGGCAUUGAUCCAUCUUCCCAUGUCUUUAAGCGUAUCCAUAUGAAAUAUUUGGAUGAUGACGAAGGUAUUAAGAAGUACUUUGCCGCAUUUCACCUGCAUGAAAUAUUUCCUGCUGCGGUGAUUGUUGAUGAUUUUGGGGAUUUCUUUCACGAAAGGACUUGCCAAGAAAGAUAUGCUAAUCCUCGGGGUAGAGACUUGGCUAUGGUGAGGACGCUAGCUUUGUGCCACAAUGCCAUAACAAAGGCAAAUGAAAAAGGACCUUGUAAGCUUCUGUUGUCUGAUGCCCACCAUGGGAACACUCCAAGAUUACUAUUUAUUUAUAAGAGAUGGAUCUCAAGCAUCUUUACAAUCAAAGGUGAUGGCUUUGGAUCAUUUCUUUUGAAAAAUAUUGACCAUUCAGGGAGCGGUAGUGUGGGGUGGAUGAGAACUGCAAAGCACUCUAUAGCUCUUCAGUAUCUGAUGUUGGAAGAGGUGACAGAGGAUGGUGAAUAGUGAUGUUGCUAAGCCAGUUUUGAGCUUUAGUUUAUUUGAUUGAAAUCCAAAAUAGUAAAUAGCACAUUAUUCAGUAUCUAGCUUUGAAGGAAUGACUGAGAAGUGGAUCGUGAUAGCAAGAUUGUUGUUUGAUUCAGUUGUGCACUUAAUUCUGGUUUAUCAUGGAAUAUUAUCCUCUUAAUUCAGUUGUGCAAAAACUUGUUGCAUCGCUUAUUUGAUCUUAAAUUUCUCUA